GACGUCGGCCUGGGGUGGAACUGGGAGAUGUGGUGGACCUAUGACGGCAUCUCAGGUCCUGAGUUCUGGGGCGUCAUCAACCCGGCGUGGGUGAUGUGCUCAGAGGGCCGCCGCCAGUCUCCCAUCAACCUGGACCCCCGGACGCUGCUGCACGACCCCAAUCUCACCCCCAUCAACGUGGAUAAGUCCGAGGUGUCCGGGAUGCUGGUCAACACGGGUCACAGCCUGGAGUGGCGGGUCAAGCCUUCGUCAGGACCGUCUGUUAACCUCUCCGGUGGGCCGCUCUCCUACACCUACUCCGUCAGCCACCUGCGCCUCCACUUCGGCGAGAGGGAUUUGCAAGGGUCUGAGCACACCAUUGCGAACUAUGCCUUCCCCGCCGAGCUCCAGGUGUACGGCUACAACUCUCAGCUCUACAGGAACUUCACGCAGGCGGCCAGUCAGGUGUACGGCGUGGUGGCCAUCGCCGUUCUCGUGCAGCUCGGGGACCGCACAACGCCAGCGCUCGCCAACAUGCUCCAGGGGCUUCCCAAGGUUCAGUUCGGGGGGUCGUCCUCUCCGCCCCACGAGCUACGAGUGAGCGAGUUGCUGCCUACCACGGAGCAGUACCUCACCUACGAUGGCUCCCUCACCAUGCCCGGUUGCUACGAGACCGUCACCUGGAUUCUGCCCAACCGGCCCCUCUACAUCUCCUUCGGCCAGAUGCGAAACCUCCGUAUGCUCAAGCAAGGCUCCUCAGACUUCCGCAGAAAUGCCCCCGUGGCCAACAACUUCCGGCCCCUGCAGUCCGCACACCACCGAACCGUCCGUACCAAUAUAGACUUCUCCGUGGACCCCCAGGGCAAGAAGUGCCCUGUGUCGGAGCCCAAGUUUCAAUACAGAGCUAACGACUGGCUCAACUCCUGACCCUGAUCUGGAGGAGGUCAAGGUCACCAGAGCCAGCACAGCCAACCACAGCACCGUGACCCUAGUGUACAUACAUCCUGAGCGCCGGUGUGUGCAUGUGUGUGCGUCUGUGAGUGUGUGUGCGUGUGUGCGAGAGCCUCAUCAUCCCGAGCCCCGGCACUGUAGAUUCUGUGUUUCUCCCGGACUAAUGCCAUGUUGACUGUACCGAUUCGUUCACUGAUAAAGUCGUUCGUUCCGCCUA